AUGCGCUUCACGACGCUCGCCAUCUUCUUUGCCUGUGCUCUUGUAGCCACUGUAAGUAUAUCUACUCACUUCUUUUGGGCCCUUUUCAAAUUGAUACUUUCAGGGCAGCGUUCUCCGUGAGAAGAGACAGUGUGGAUGUGCUCAGCCACAACAGAGCCAGUGCUCGUGUCAACAGGCCCAACAGACUCAGUCGUGCUCGUGCCAAUCUACUCCAGUCCAACAGCAAUCGUCGUCGUGCUCUUGCGCUCAGCCACAACAGACUCAAACCGUUCAGGUAAUAUUGUAGAAAAGAAACGUGAUAUAAAAAAAAGCUUACAGGUGCAAUCCUCGCAGUGCGCCCCGGCUUGCCAGCAGAGCUGUUCCCAGCAGUGUCAGUCCAGCCCAUCGGUGUCCCAAUGUCAGCCAGUCUGCCAGCAGCAAUGCCAGUCCCAGUGCACUCCGAUGUACAACCCAACUACGACGACGACCACGACCACCCAGGCUCCAGUCGUCCAGUGCCAACCAAUGUGCCAACAACAGUGCCAAUCCACCUGUGUCCAGCAGCAGCAGCCGGCUUCUCAAUGCCAGCCACAAUGCCAGCAGCAAUGCAACGUGGCCUGCGAUUCCUCGUCCACCACCACCCAGGCUCCGCAAGUCAUCCAGAUCCAGCUUGAGAUCCAGCAGUCUCAAGCCCAAUGCCAGCCACAAUGCCAGCAACAGUGCCAGUCCUCGUGCGUCCAGCAACAGCAGCCAUCCAGCCAGUGCGAUUCCGCCUGCAACUCCCAGUGCUCCAACAUCUGCCAGCAGACCGCUCAGGCUACCCAGCAGGUCGUAAACACUCAACAACAGUACUACGAUCCAUACAACAACCAGAACCAGGGAUCCUCGUCGAACUGUGCUCCAGCGUGCCAGCCAGCCUGUGACAACUCGUGCACCUCCCAGCAGACUCAGACCGUCGCCCCGAUGUACAACCCAUACGACACCACCACCGAGAGUGCUCCAUCACAGGCGGUCAUCCAGAUUGUCCUCCAGACCUCCGUCGCCCAGUCCGCCCAGUGCACUCCCCAAUGCGAGCAGUCCUGCCAGCAGCAGUGCGUCCAACAGCAACAGCCCGCUUCUCAGUGCCAGACUGCGUGCCAGUCCUCGUGCUCCAACUCCUGCCAGGCUUCUCAGCCGGCCACCACCGCCUGCCAGCAGAGCAACACUUCCAGCAACUCGUGCUCCUGCCAGGCCAACUACUCUCCGUGCGGAAAUGGACAGUGCUGCCGCAGAAAGUAG